AUGGUGAAAAAAACUUCAGGCCUGGAAGUUUUUCCAGGAUCAAUCAGUAUGAAGCUUCUACUUUGGGCCUGCAUUGUGUGUGUUGCUUUUGCAAGGAGGAAACUUUUCUCAUCCAGUGAAGAGGAUUACAAUGGCAAUCAUUUUUACCCACUUAAUCCUUCUCUGAAUAGUCCCUAUCGCCCACCAGUCAAUUAUAUCCCUUCUUCUUACUAUCCCCCACAGAACAAUGUCCCCAUCUACCUUGAAUUUCCUAACCCCAGAGAACUGGCACCUCCUUUUCCCUGGGUUCUCACUGCUCCUAGGGUCCCUGCUUUCUAUCCCAACCCUAAUUUUCCCCCAGCUACUUGGUUUAUCCCUCCUCCCCCUCCACCUGCUGGGCCUUCCUCCUCUGUCCCUCCCUCAAGUAAUCCUGAAGCAUCUGCAGCAUCUGCUGCCCAGCCUCCUUCAGUUGAGCCUGCUGCAGGCAAUCCUGCAGUAGCUGAGCCCGUGAUCAAUGAGCCUGCUGCAGGCAAUCCUGCAGUAGCCGAGCCAGUGAUCAAUGAGCCUGCUGCAGGCAAUCCUGCAGUAGCUGAGCCUGUGAUCAGUGAGCCUGCUGCAAGCAAUCCUGCAGUAGCUGAGCCUGUGAUCAAUGAGCCUGCCGGAGCCACACCUGUUGCAGCAUCACCUGCUGCCCCAGAAUCUCAAUCUUCUGUUUCUUGA